CAAAUGGAAAAGCAAAAUCACACCAUGGUAUCUCAGUUUAUUUUGCUGGGACUGACAGAGUUUCCUGAGCUACAGAUUUUCUUUUUCCUAUUUUUUUCUGUUAUCUACAUGGCCAUUGUAUUAAGUAAUCUCAUCAUUAUCUUUGUAGUGAAAUUUGACCCUCAAUUGCACUCUCCCAUGUACUUCCUACUGGCCAAUCUCUCCUUUAUUGAUAUGUCCCUGGCCUCCUUUGCUACUCCUAAAAUGAUCUGUGACUUAAUUAGUGACUAUAAGACCAUCUCCUAUGAAGGCUGCAUGGCCCAGAUGUUUUUCCUUCACCUUUUGGGUGGAAGUGAGAUGAUGUUGCUAGUAGCCAUGGCAAUUGAUAGAUACAUUGCUAUAUGCAAACCCCUCCAUUACAACAAUAUUAUGAGCCAUCGUGUUUGCAUUGGACUUGCACUUCUCUCCUGGACCACUGGUUUUGUGCACACUAUGAGCCAAAUGGUUUUCACAGUGACAUUACCAUUCUGUGGCCCCAAUGUUGUGGAUAGUUUUUUUUGUGAUUUGCCUCAGGUAAUCAAACUUGCGUGCACCGACACUUACACCUUGGAGCUAUUAGUCAUUGCACUGAGUGGACUACUCUCUCUGCUCUGUUUCACCUUUCUGUUCAUCUCCUAUAGCAUCAUCCUGAUUACUGUCCGGCAUCAUUCCUCCAGUGGGUCUUCCAAGGCUUUGUCCACUCUGUCAGCCCACAUUACAGUGGUGGUACUGUUCUUUGGACCUUGCGUCUUUAUCUAUAUAUGGCCAUUUAGCAGCAUCUCCAUAGAUAAGAUCCUCUCUGUGUUUUAUACAAUUUUUACUCCUCUUUUAAAUCCAAUCAUCUACACAUUCAGGAAUAAAGACAUGAAGAAAGCAAUAAGAAAAAUAAAGACUAUGCAUGUGAGUCCCAGAUCAACAUUUUAA